AUGGUCAGUAAGGAACCCAGCAAAUGCGUACUCACGACCUCCGCGAGUGAAGUGGAGCCUGCCGCCUGUCUGGCCCUGGAGAUGAAAUAUGCCCUGGAUCCCAACCGGCAGAUUAAGAAGCGAAAUAAAGCCCUGCAGGUGCGCUUUAAGGACAUCUGCGAGGCUCAAAACGAGCAGAGGGACACUCAGCUCGCCUCGGGCCUGCAGGGUGACAAGCGGGAGGCCAGGCCCGCGUCCUGCCGGGCUGCCUACCGCAAGUACAUGACCGUGCCGGCCCGGCGGUCCAUCCCCAACGUCACCAAGAGCACGGGUGUACAGACCUCACCCGACCUCAAGAAGUGUUACCAGACUUUCCCUCUGGACCGCAAAAAGGGGACUCUCAAAAGCAUCCCAGGCACCGAGGCCUUUAAAAGUCAGAACAACGGGUUGGUAAUUGACGCGAAAGAGAAGAGCCAGGAAGGGCCGGGCGAGGAGGCCCAGCCGUGGGGCGCGGGCCGGGUGCAGAAGACCACCGCCUUGGUUUUCCACUCAGACGAACACGUGAAUGCGCUGGGGCCGCCCACCGGGGUCAACUGCACGGAGCCGUGUAAAACCCCCGACCGGCACAGCUACCGCGAUGCUCCGGUGCAGAACUCCAUUCGGUCGUCCUCCCAGGAGCUGGAGUAUCAGCUGCCCGGGAAAGCCAGGCAGGGCAGGGCGACCCGGGACACCGAGGAGCCGGCUCCAUCGGCCCACCGGAGGGUGUUUAAGACCGAAGUGGCCACCGUGUACGCACCCGCCCCAGGCGCCAGGGCCCCCGCGCCGGCCUUGUCGAACUCCGCCCCCUCCAGCGAGUGGUCCCUCUGCCCCGCGGCCGACCUGGAGCGGAGAACAGCCGCGCAGGCCAGCGGGCUCCAGGCCCGGCCGGGCGCCGCCCCGGCCUGCUCGCCCCCGACGCAGUGCCUGUCCCCGGAAUGUAGCGAAGAAGACGCCUCCCUGCAGACUCAGGCCCCCUCGGGGCAGGAGCGCCAGCCUUGUCCCCCGGCGCUCGCUGCAGAUGAAGAAUGCCAACAAAUCGUGCCUCACACGGAAGUGGUCGACCUGAAAGCACAGCUUCAGAUGAUGGAGAACUUGAUCAGUUCAAGCCAGGAAACCAUCAAAGUGCUCUUGGGGGUCAUUCAGGAGCUGGAGAAAGGAGAAGCCCACCGGGAAGGGCUUUCAUAUCGGACUGGGCAAGACACAGCUAACUGUGACACAUGCAGGAACAGUGCAUGUAUUAUCUAUAGUGUGGAGCUAGAUUUCAAGCAGCAGGAAGACAAACUCCAGCCAGUUCUGCGGAAACUUCAUCCGUUCGAGGAAACUCAGGUCGCACCUUCGCCUUACACUCAGGAGACGUACUCCUCAACUCCCAAGCAAAAAUCCAAAACUGAAUCUAAAAAGCACGGACGGUGGAAACUCUGGUUCCUUUAA